AUGCCGCGACCCAAAACCGACCAGGAGAUCCAGCAGGGCUGGGGUGACUUGCAAUGGAGAUUCAUGAACUGGUACGAAGCCAGUAGGAAUGACAUCCUUCGAUGCUCUGAGCCGGGCGCUGAUUGGAACGCACUCAGCCAGUUGGUCGCCAAGGCUUUCCCCGAUAAAGAGCAUCAAAAGGCUUUCCGUGUCUGGUCCGACGAGUGGUGGGGCCGUGACUUUGUGAGGAUGACAUCUAGGAUAAAACCUGAGGAAUUUAUUGAUCAAGUUAUGGCGACUAAUUUCCUGGAUGCCCAAUCGACCAGCGACCUUCUGAAGACCAUCGCCUUAUACAAUACGCCUUGGGUCCCUAUUGGUCGGUCUCAGUACGGGGAUGUUGAAACCUUUUACGCGUUCAGGCCCCAGGUUGACUAUCUUGAACCCGAUCACGUGGAGCCUAGUUCAGAGGUCCUUGGCAACUACAGUCUCACCAUGAAGCUUAAGUCUAAGACUCGUGCUGCGUCCGGUCUCACGCCUGCUUCAACCUCGAGCAGCGUGUUCAAUCCCAGCACCAGGUCAAUUUCUGCUGGCGAAUACGCCUUUUCACGCCCACGCUCUUCUACCGCUUCUACUAUGUCCCUCGGCAAAGAGAAUCUCGAAAAGGCUCCUGAUAAAGAUGAGUAUCUUGUAUUCGCUCAGAUCGGAACUCUCCACGUUUAUGGUGGAGUAUGCAAAGACGCAGGUCCGAAGAACAUUCACAUCAUCAACCAAGGCCCCUGGUGGUCAAACGGAUUUGCCGUUGUUGUUGAGCUCGAUAAGAAAGGCGGACUUGGAGCAGUCUACGUCGUUUAUAACGAUUCUCUUUUGGAGGGCAAGGAAGAGGAAGAGGGAGAGGAAGAGGAGUAUGCGGAGUAUGCCGGUCCAAGUGAAGAGGAGAUCACGGACACGGAAGGAAUAGCCGCAAACCAUGAGCCUGGAAAGCUUCACCCUGAGUGCAACCAGAAGUUCAAGGUGGCCAAGAUUGCGGAUUCAAUGAAGCGCCUUGGCGAUCUUCAAACCAAGUUCAUCUUCGAGGAAAUCUCCAAGGAUAAACACCCAAUCCAUUCCACAAAGAUCGUGACGGACAAGGUGCUUGGGCAGUUCAUCCUUCAUGCCAAAGCUCCAACGCAAUCCUAG